GCUGCGGCGGGUCCUCGCCAUGGAGUCCUACGACGUGAUAGCGAACCAGCCCGUCGUGAUAGACAACGGCUCAGGUGUUAUCAAAGCAGGUUUUGCAGGCGAUCAAAUACCCAAAUAUUGCUUUCCAAACUAUGUGGGCAGACCAAAACACACUCGUGUUAUGGCUGGUGCUUUAGAAGGGGACAUUUUCAUUGGUCCAAAGGCAGAGGAGCACAGAGGUCUCCUCUCGAUCCGAUACCCGAUGGAGCAUGGCAUAGUGAAGGACUGGAACGACAUGGAGCGCAUUUGGCAGUAUGUGUAUUCAAAGGACCAGCUUCAAACAUUCUCAGAGGAGCAUCCUGUGCUGCUGACAGAAGCACCCCUUAACCCACGCAAGAACAGAGAGCGUGCUGCUGAGGUGUUUUUUGAGACCUUCAAUGUGCCAGCAUUGUUCAUCUCCAUGCAAGCUGUGCUUAGCCUCUACGCGACUGGGAGGACUACAGGAGUGGUGCUGGACUCCGGGGACGGCGUUACCCACGCGGUUCCCAUCUAUGAAGGCUUUGCCAUGCCUCACUCCAUCAUGCGGAUCGACAUCGCUGGCCGUGAUGUCUCACGCUUCCUGCGUCUCUAUCUCCGGAAGGAAGGCUAUGACUUCCACACAACCUCUGAAUUUGAGAUUGUCAAGACCAUCAAGGAGCGUGCCUGCUACCUGUCAAUAAACCCCCAGAAGGAUGAGACUCUGGAGACUGAGAAGGCUCAAUACUAUCUACCAGACGGAAGCACUAUUGAGAUCGGCUCUGCCCGUUUUCGAGCUCCGGAGCUGCUGUUCCGGCCAGACCUGAUAGGGGAGGAAUGUGAAGGACUCCAUGAGGUGCUUGUUUUUGCCAUUCAGAAAUCAGACAUGGACCUGAGGCGAACGCUGUUCUCCAAUAUCGUGCUGUCUGGAGGCUCCACGCUUUUCAAAGGUUUUGGUGACAGGCUCUUGAGUGAAGUGAAGAAGCUAGCUCCAAAGGACGUCAAAAUAAGGAUAUCAGCUCCUCAGGAGAGAUUGUAUUCCACGUGGAUUGGUGGCUCUAUCCUGGCCUCACUGGAUACCUUUAAGAAAAUGUGGGCUUCGAAAAAGGAGUAUGAAGAAGAUGGAGCUCGUGCCAUCCACCGGAAAACCUUCUAGCGCUGGGACCUGUCCUCAGUGUCCGAAGACUCACUUCAGUUCUAAACUCGCUUUUCUGAGUCCGAGUGUGAGAGCUGCCUGUGUGUGUGUGUGUGCGCGCCAGCAUGCCCCGACGUCACUGAGCAAAGACAACAGCAGCAGGAGGGUUGUAUUAGUACUACUAACUUUUUUUUUUUUAAACUUUUGUUGUUUUGGUUUGGUUUUUUUUUUAAUGGAAAGGAGAAAAAUUCCAAUCUGAAUUUCUCCAGACUGGCCCAUUCCUUUUUCAUUUCAGUCCCUUGAAUUCUGUAUCGCAAUCAUGUUGUCACUGUAAAACAGACAAGCAAAAACAAAGGGAACAGCUUAUAGAAACUGCCUAGCAAGCCAGAAGGGAGCCAACCACUGCAGACUGCUCACACAGGCUUUAGUCAACUCGACUGCAAUGCCUAGAUUGUCCAGAAACACGUAGCUGAGGCCCCAUAGCUACUUCUGUCUUCACCAUCAGUAGGUGUUUUGAGUUGUUUAUAAUAUAUUUUUUAUUAAGAGGAAGCACAUUCUCAACAGUUAAGCCCAUUUUCCCCCACUGUUUUCAGUGUGAGAGCGUGUGUGUGUGUGUAACUUCUUAGCCUGAUGUGCAGGUCUGCACCACAGCUGGAGAAGUUGGUGAUAGGACUUAGUUUGUAUUGCAUGGAGUAGAACAAAGCAAAUCUUAUCAGCUGUCAUUGUACUAGACGGUUAUUCUCUCGUACCUUGUUUUAAAUACUUUUCUCCUCUGGAAGCAAGUGCCCCAGAAUGGGGGUGAAGGCACUUGUGUGUUCCCCCUCAACCUGCCAAGAUUUACAGUGCUGAGUUCUCAUGUUCUUUCUCUGUAAGAGUCGAGGCUGUUUCCCUCCUUCCUGCCAUGUCAGGGCAAAAGGGAGCAUGUAUUUACAGCCAGGCAUAACUCCUGUGUACUUUAUUCUGGGUCAAAAUAACAAUUGGAAAGGUGCAUUGUAAUGUAAGAAUUGUUUUAUUUAUUGAAAUGUCUGAGGCUAUCUCAAAUACUGACCACAGCACCUGGGAAUUAUGCUUUGGGUCUUCUUUGAACACCUCUUACCCAGUUGUCCUUUGUUGGAUGCUAACACUCUGUACAGCACACACGCUUAGCGGGACCGCUCGCCAGCUCUGCUACACCACCCCGCAGUUGCUCUUGAGGGAGUGUGGUGGUUCUCUAUGAAUGCCCUGAAGGAGAGGACAAUAAACUGUAGCAGGCCAUUGGUGUGAGCAGGAAGCUGUUGCCAUGGACGUGUGCUGCUGUACUGCCUAUGCCUCUGCUUGCCUGCUGACUGCUCUGCUUCUGCUGCGUUAACAGCCACAGGUGGGCCUACAGUCCCACUUGUGUGGGGGUGCCACUGGUUGCUCUUUAGGUUUUUCUUGUGCAUUAUUUGG